UCUCCUCCCCAGUCUUAGUAUACGCCUGGGUCUAUAAAUACUGAGCUCCAUUCUCUAACAAUCAUCAUUCAAGACUGUUAAAUCUAGACGAUAACUAAUUAAACUCAGCUUUAUAAUGCCACCUAAGAGUAAGACUACAAGCAAGGCUCCCAAGGUAUCUGACGAUGGUGCUCCUAAAGAGAAGAAGUUGAACGGUUUGACGAAACCAAUGACUCUAUCCCCUGAGCUGGCUGCUAUUGUUGGAGCGAAGAAAGAUGAAAAACUAGCAAGAUCUGAAAUAGUUAAACGGUUGUGGGCUUAUCUCAAGGAGAAAGAUCUUAAGGAUCCUGAAAAUAAACAGUUCUUCACCCCCGACUCCCUGAUGGCUCCUGUAUUCGGGACGGAUAAGAUCCGAGCAUUCAGUAUGAGUAAGUUUCUGAAAGAUCACCUCAGCUGAAAUGUAUUACAUGGAGAACGUGGAUGAAUUAUAAUUUUAUUUCCUGACCGACAAAUAUAUAUUAAAGUACUUA